AUGGACUUGGAUGAUGAUGCACCACCGGAGCUGGUCGUCACAGGCACCGAGCUGGAACCCGAGGAGAAGCCAGUGAAAGUACCCAUUACCUUGAUUACUGAGUUUGGUGACUCCCUGGAUAUUGAAAAGUCCUUGACCAUCAACAAGGAUGGCGAGUCGGUCGAAGAGUGGAUGGACGUGGGUAAUGGAUGCAUAUGCUGCUCUGUCAAGGAUACUGGUGUCAACGCCAUCGAAUCGUUGAUGGAGAAGAAGGGCAAGUUUGACUACAUCCUUCUCGAAACCACGGGCCUCGCAGAUCCUGGAAACAUUGCCCCGCUGUUUUGGAUGGACGACGGACUCGGCAGCACCAUCUACCUGGACGGCAUCGUAACCCUCGUCGACGCCAAGAACAUCCUGCGCAGCCUAGAUGACCCCGCCGGCAAAGUCGAAGGCCACGAGGAAAGCGAUGACGCACAUGGGCCGGUCAUGACAACCGCCCACGUGCAAAUUUCCCACGCAGACGUCAUCGUCAUCAACAAAUCGGACCUAGUUAGCGAACCGGAGUUGCAGGCCGUGAAGGACAGGAUUGUGUCCAUCAACGGGCUCGCCAAGAUCUUCGUCACCAGUCAGAGUGUGGUGCCGAAACUCGAAGGGUUUCUCCUGGAUCUACACGCAUAUGAUAGGGUUGAGGAGCUUGACCGUGCAGAGCUCGGCCAUAGUCCACCUCGACAAGAUGGUCCGGCAUACGACAUCCACCGUUUAAAAGGCCGCUUUUUUAGCGAUGAGGGGAAAGAAAGGAUCAUCCAAGGAGUGCGAGAGAUCUUUGAUAUCUUCGACAGCCCUUCGCAGCAACAAGAUUCGGAUGGGCAAGCAGGGAGGGCGACUUACACUAGGCGGCAGGCAGGGUCGUCCAUGGAAAUAGUUACCGUCGUAAAGGUGGGUAAUUACAACGGGCACGGGCCUUGGUUAAAUGUUUUUGGUGGCCCCCACAGCCCCGUCUUGGAAGGAAGGCAAGGUCCCACUGCCAUCAACAUCCAACGACGAAACCAGACGAGUGAAGCCAUUCGCUUCAUACGGGAUCCCGCCAGCCCAACAGCCGCCGAGCGCACACGCGCAGCUUCCAUGAUGAACCGACAAGGGCCCAUACCACAAACGCUCCGCGGCAUGCCCGGGGGGUUUGGGGGUCAGCAGCAGCAGCAGCAGCAGCAACCGCAACAGCAACCGCCGCAACAAUCAGGUCGCGCCGUCUCGAACAGGUUACCGAAUGGGAAGAUAGGGCCUGGAGGAAACGCGUCAGGAUGGGGCUUCGGCGGCAUGCCCAUGGGGGGGAGUGGAAACGCGCCCGCAGCGGCGACAGCACGGCAAAUAGGAGGAAAUAUCAGCUUUGCUCAGAGCUUGGCGGGAUCCCAGCAACCGGCAACACCAUUGGACCCAUCGGAAUUCCCAUCCUUGUCCAAUACAUCCCAACUCAACUCGGCGAAUCAAUCAUCCAUGUGGUCGGCACAAGGACCCCGAAACCUCGGCGGAGGGGCUCACCGGGGCGGCGGAACUCCGGUCUCGUCGCAACAGAACCCAGACGACUUGUUUGCUUCGCGUUUACCGUCUGCCCAAGGUUCAUUUAGGUUCGGCAACCAAGGGAGCGCUUCCCAGCCAGCGCAAGGGCAACCUGGCGUGGCUGAGGAAUUUCCGCCGUUAAACCGAUCUGCGAAUGGCGAGAUGGGGGGGCAAGACCGAGGAGCAAACUUGAUGUCGACCCUCGGGUUUGGCGCCCAGGGCUCGGCUGGAACGUCCAUGCAUGCGACUCGGACAGGGAACGGCUUGUUGAGCGCGCUGUCGGCGACUUCGAGGACCGGGGAUACCCGCUCGCCGACGGCGAUCGGUCGACCUCAAGAUCCUCGCAGUCCGGUCGAGGAUGAACCCCACCAAAAGCCACCAGGGUACCGUGAGGGCUCAGUGGAUUCGGUGGGUGGGAGAAACCCUCUCGGCGCAAUCGGCAACGACCCUCCAACCGGCAAAGGCAAGGAGGAGGAGAGGUCACCUGCCAUCCAGGUGCAAGAUCCGUUAGAGGGAAUGGCGCCCAUCGAUAAAUGGGGUCUGAAGGGCAUUCGGACGCUGAUGAAUAACUUCCCCGAUUACAAUGCCUUGACAUGCGGCAUGGACCCGGCAGCGCUAGGUGUGGAUAUGCGCUCGACAGAAACCUUGUCCACAAAGGUCUACUCGCUGUUUGAGGAUGUUGCGCCUCGGUCACCGGUACCAAAGUUUCGGCUGCCUGACUGCUACCAAGUCAAGAACGUCCAGCCGAUCGAGGCCAAGAUCUCGAGCUUCAACGAAGAAACUUUGAUGUUGAUGUUCUACAGCUGUCCGCGGGAUAUCAAGCAGCAGAUGGCUGCGAUGGAGCUCAACAACCGCAACUGGAGGUGGCACAAGAAAAUGCAGAUGUGGUUAACAAAGGAUGACCUCAUGGUGCCGCAGGCACUGGGCCCGGCCCACGAACGCGGCUACUAUGUCGUCUGGGACACGGUUAACUGGCGCAAGGAUAGGAGUGGCGAGAGUGAAACAGAUACGUACGAGGCACCACAAGCACCUAUCUGCAUAUUACAUAUUACCGAGCCCGCCCGUGUAACCCACCACCACCAACCACCACCGCCACAACAACAACAACAACAACAACAACAACCGCCAUGGCCGACGCCGGCGACCAACAAAUCAACCUCCCCCUCUCUCGUCGCCAUCCUCGUCGUCUCCGGUCCUCAUAAUACGCUACCUCUUCUUCACUUCCCCCUCGGGCCGCCAAACGGGGCGCGCGGCAGUGCGGGCGCGGGUACAGGUGCAGCAGCAACAGCGUCGUCGCGCGACCCGGGCGCGCAGCUGCGCGCCCGGGAGGCCGCCGUCGAACAUAUCCAGCAGAUGUUCCCGCAGGUGGACCGCCGGGCGGCGCUGUGGGAUCUGCAGCGGUCGGGGGGGAGUGUGGCGGCGACGACGGAGCGGAUUCUGGCGGGGAGGUUGGAGACGCCGCCCGUAACUUUCCAGCCCCCGCCGCCCCCUGGCGACGGUAACGGCAGUAACAAUGCCGCUUCACGGGCAAAGCCUGCGCCGGGACUGGGCCAUCGGGAUCUUAUUACGCGGUAUAAUUUGCGAAACAAGAUCAUCGCGGCCGACAGCGAAUCGGAUGACCCCAGCAGCGGGGCUGAGGCCAUCAGGAAGGGUGGGAAAGGGUGGAGCACCAACCGCGAGGAGAGGCAAUCGCUACUGCAGAAGAGGAGGGAUCAAAUGAUCCUCGAGGCGAGGAGGAAGAUGCAGGCCAAGCUCUCUGCGGAAAAGGCUACGAAACGUAGCUAA